AUGUGUUCCAAAAGUUUUUUUCUUGAUACCAGUCGAUUACCAGAUGAUGUUUUAUCAUAUACUGAUGAAGCCUUUUAUAAUUUUGUUGAAGUUCAUCUCGGAAGAAUAAACGCUCGUCUGUUGUCAUAUCUUCAAAUUAGUAGUGUACCGUGCUUUCUUUUAACAGAAAAUCCAUGUGAAAUUUUGACGCUCGAUAUCGAUGAUGAAGUUUUGGAACAAAUGAGUCAAGAAAUAUGCAUUAAAUUAAAAAACAGUCAAGUGAUAGUGAAACCUGGUAUUGAAAAUUGCCUUAAAUGUUUAAAAAAUUUGUUAUUAAGAAAGAUUGAAGAAGAAAUGAAAAAGAUGAAACUAAAGGGUAAACAACAAUUUAUGACAUUCGCCAAUACUACACCUGUACAAUCAAUUGCACUUUCUACUUCAAUAUCAGCAUCAUCAACGUCAUUAUUGACAACUCCGUGUUCGCCAUCAAUCAUAGAUGAACAUCGACAAUACUUACUAAAAUUAAUCCAUCAAUGGUGCAUCGACAACAGAGCAAUCCUUGAACUGAAUGAACUUGAAUUAAAAGAAGAUGUUGAUUUUAAUUUUGCAUUUUCAAAUAUAAAUAAUGCUUUGGAAAUCAAUAUUCAAUGUAAAUGUGGCUCUAAAUUAAUUUUAGGAAAAAAUGCUGGAAAAUUUCAGUUAUCGAAUUAUUAUAAACAUUUGAAAGAUACCAAUUGUUUACAUAUCAAAGCAUUGAAAAAGAGAUUUCACGAUCAGGCACAAAGUCAAAAACAGCUGGGCAUCAAUUCAAUAACAACAUCAUCUGUUGAAACGAAUAGUCCAAUGAUGACAGUUCUUUCAGUUGAUGCGCCAGCGACAACAUCAUCUCCUAUAGUUAGUAGAAAAAAAGGAAUUGAUAGUGAUUCCAACAGUCCAAAGAAAAAGAUAUUUGCUGUAAAAUUGUAA